UGUUACAUCACUUGGCUGCCAGCAGCAGCAUCCGCUCGGAGGGACCGCCUUUGAGGAGCAUCAACGAGAGCUUGACCAUAUUGUGUAUCUACAACAUCUUAAAUCGGCUGAGUCACACCUACACCGGCGGUCUCAGUUAUAACAAUAAAAUAGGACAACAACACCAACAAGGAUUGAAAUAAAAAACGUUAGCAGGUUUUUAUACCUCAUCGUCUCGAAAAAUGGUUAAAUUGGGGAAUAAUUUAAGUGACAAAAACAACGCCAAAACCAACGCCAAAACAGUCUCAGCAGAUGGAUUCGACACCAUUCCCCUCAUAACACCCUUAGAUGCCAGUCAACUGCAGUUUCCUGUACUCGACAAGGUGGUGGUAAAGACCAAAACAGACUAUGAUGGGGAGCACAAGAAGAGCAAGCUGCACUCCCCCAAGAUAGCAGCAUUCUCAAUAAGCGUCAUCGACGGGGUAUCUGAGCGACUUAAAGUCACUCUGCUGGUGACUUGUGCUUUGGCAUUUCUGGUCUGCGUGAUGUUUCUGGUGGUCUAUAAAGUCUACCAGUAUGAGCAGCCCUGUCCAGAUGGCUUCAUGUACACGCAAGGUCGGUGCAUGCCGACGGGGAUAUACGGCUACUACCCCCCUGGUGGGCGCGGGCGUCUCUUCACCAUCAUCAACCACUACAACAUGGCCAAGCAGACCAUCACCCGGUCCGUGUCCCCGUGGAUGACCGUCAUGUCAGAGGAGAAGGUCACCCAGCAGGAGACCGAGACCCACCAGAAGCAGGCCUAAUACACUGGGCUAUAUUCAGAGAGGUGAAACGUUAAGAAUGUUACAGAUACAAUUGCAAUGAAUAGAGCCGACCUGAUGCCCAAUUCUACAUGAGCGCUAAUCAUAUGUGUGCUACAAAAUGUAUUUCUAUCUCAGCGUUUUGUAACGUUGCACCCUUCUGUACUAGGAUCACCAUCUAGUCCUGUGAAAAAAGAAUACGCGGUGCCAUUCAGGCAAACUCCAAAUCUGGAAAAGCGUUGGAGCUAAAAUUAUUGUUCCUGAGCUGCACCAGUUUUAAUUGUUAUUGUAGAACUGCAAUAUAUCAGGAAAAAGUAUUGUUUUCAAUUAGUUCAAUUAUUUUACAGAUGCCUUUGUGUAAGCAGACUGGAACAGGGGUUGGAGGGAUAUUGGUUUUUCUUGAAUAGCGUCCGCGGUUAGUUAAAAUAAUUUGAGAGGCGAACACGCACACAAACAUGUGUUGCCACAUACUCGUUGACAAAACAUAUUUUUACACAAACGUAAAAUGGGGAAUAAAAUCUCAGUAAGCCAAAUAUAAACUGACUGAACCAUCUAGUGUCUGUGGAGCUGGUUUAACCACACAUGCCUUUACAAGGCUUCUGCAUUUCACACAAGCAGACUGUCUUUGUUACAAAAAUACAUAUGAAGUACUGUCAGAGAAUGUCCCGUUUAGCCCUUGAGAUCCAGCUAAAAUGACUAAUAAAAAAAAUAAAGUUUUUCUCCUA